AUGGUACAGUAUUCUGUCGAAAUGAACGAUAGUGCACUGGCUCGUUCAUCUUCAACUGAUAGUAAUGGGUUCCCAGUCAAAGAUUCGGAUGCUAUUAAACUUUUCGUCGGCCAAGUAUGUUUGGUCUAACU